AUGCUUACUGGUGACUGCCGAAAUGACCUUAAAGCUGUUAUAGGAUUUUCCAAAGGGCUACCUCCACAAGCAAUUUACCUUGCGGGGAUAGUUCACAAUAAAGCUAGCCUUUCUCUAUCUGAAAUUUUCAAUUUUCUUAGAAUCCUUUACCAAAAAUCAGAAACGCACGAAAUCUCUUUAGAUUUGCGCGAGAGAAUAGAAGAAAAUUUAUAUAUUGGAGAAGUCGAAACCGCAAUGAAAAUCUUUAACAGCUUUCUUACGUCAGAUAUUCCUUUCCCUAAAAGAAAAAAUCAAGAAACCAAGAGAAGCGUACAAGAACAAGCUGAAGCUCAAUACAAAAGUGUAGAAAAAGAAGCUUUGGAUCUUCUUGAUAUGAUGAGAGCACUUGAUUCAGUUCCUGAAACUGAUUUAAUAAGAAAUCAAUCUGCUUUGGAGUGCUCUUUAUGCACAAAUGAUAUGUCAUACAACGAAUGCUCCGUUUUGGAAAACUGUCCACAUAUGUUUCAUAAAGCCUGUAUUGAAGAUUACUUUCACAUGCAAGUAUUAAAUGGAAUAACUGAGAUUAAAUGUCCAAACAGCAGCUGUAAAAAAGAUAUCAGCAUGAAUGAUUUGACUAUGCUUUUAUCAAGAGAAGACUUAGAGAAAUACGAAGAAAACGGUGUAAUGAAAUUAAUAGAAGGAGAGUUAAUGACUUGUCCAAAUGGCCAAUGUAAAGAAAAGUUCGAAAAACCCCAAAAUCAAGAAGAAUUUAUAUGUCCAUCCUGCAGGAAAAAAAUUUGUGGAGUCUGCAAAAGAUUGCUUGAUGUUUGCGCUUGUAUAAGGACUGAUCCAGGGAAUAAGCCAGCUAUUAAUGCCCCGCCAGCAUAUGUAAGUUUGAAAUGCAAAAAUUGUAAUGCCAUGAACAAGGUGGAAAAUUUAAAUCAAAAUUACAAAUGUAGGUGCGGGCAAAGCUAUUGUACAGCAUGCAUGAAGCCUGAGCAAGAAUGCCAAUGCCAUAAUGUAAGAGGAAGGCGCCCCGGAGCAGUUCUUUAA